AUGGUCCUGCACUUUAAGUGUGAACUUGUUCAACCUCCGUACUUUAUUUACAUGGGAGAAGAUAAGCAUGAAAAUGAUGAACUUAUUCGUUGGGGAUGGCCAGAAGAUGUUUGGUUUCAUGUAGAUGCUCUAUCAUCUGCUCAUGUUUACCUUCGGCUUAAAGAGGGGGAAACCUUAGAUGAUGUCCCCACUGCCGUUAUACAGGACUGUGCACAACUGGUCAAGGAAAACAGUAUCCAAGGUUGCAAACUUAACGAUGUCACUGUUGUAUAUACCAAGUGGGAGAACCUGAAAAAAACCAAUGAUAUGGAUGUUGGCCAAGUAGCCUUUCACAAUAAUAAAGCAGUGCAAAAGAUCGUAGUUGAAAAACGCAAUGGAGAUGUAAUAAAACGACUAAAUAAAACAAAAGAGCAAUGCCAACAUCCUGAUUUAAGAGGUGAACGAGAAAAGCGAGAUAUCCGCAUUAAAAACAAAGAAAAAGCUGUUCUGGCUGCUAAGAAAAAGUCAGAACUUGAGGCACAGAAAGUCCGUGCAGCAGAAGCAGAAAAAAGAUCAUACGAUCGUUUGUUUGUUGAGAGUAAAAUGAGGACAAAUGAAGAUGGCUAUGAUUCAGAUGACUUCAUGUAA